AAAAAUGAAUUGCAGCUCAAAUUUCUAAUAAGCACCCCCUCCUCGUGUGUAAUAAUCAGUACAUAUCAAAGCAAAGAUAAAAGGACAACACUGAACAAAGGAUAGAAAAAAAAUGAGGUAUUGAAUACCCAAUACCUAUAGAAGAAAAUACUCUUUUCAGAUCCCAUGCUAAGUUUGAAUAACAACCAUGCCUAAAAACAAUAAAGUUACUCAGUCUACAAAACCCCAGAGGCAACAGAGGCAAGCCUCUCGGCGUACAGCAAUACACGAUGAAAGUAUUGGUCCUCAGAGCAAGUCCCCUAGCAAAAAGAGACGACUGAAGACUGAAAGAGCAGCCGGCAGCCAUGGCGAUGGGAAUGAGAUGGAGGCUCAGGAGUCGGCUGAAAAUAUGGAGAAAACUACAGACCAGGUAGUGGACUCACCCAUGGAGGAUUCAUCACAUACCACUUGUCCACCCGUAUUAUGCCAAGGAUUUGCCACUGGGAUUUUCUCUGUGUUAGACGCUGCUGGAGAAGUCAAUUUAUUCCCUUUGGUAGAGCUCAAUGAACGCUGCCAACCCUAUGCUGUAAUUAAAGAUUCAGACUUGAAGAAAACAAUAACAGAAAAACCACCAACCAAAAAACCUGCAGCUUCUAGCAAGCCUGUAGUGCCAGUGAGACCACUACUAAACAGGCACGAUGCUCCAGCCUCCAAAACCAGCAUACCUGAGUACCAGAGUAGGAUGAAGUCCAUGGCCAGUACAGCUGGUGAUCAACGGCCGAGGGAUUACAGCACAAUUCAUCACCGUUUUAAUAACAUUCCAAUUAACAAAGAACCUGUCAAGUCCAAGAAACAAGAACAGGUAAAAAAAACCAAAGUCAUCAAGACAAGCUCUGGACACUCCUCUCGAGGUUUUAUGUGGUAUUUGUGCUGUGUGGUUCUGCUGGUGCUGCUUAGUUCUGCUGCCUUGUUGGCAUUCAAAAAAAUCCCUCUCCUCCAAAGGCUUGGAGAUCAUGGGAGUCAUUCAACCAGGGCUGUGGAGGCUGAAUUGUUUGUAGAUCAGUUGUCUCUUCUUGAGACUCAAUUCCCCAGUCAGCGGCCUGAGUUGUGGAAGCGGAGCAAAAUUCACCUGGAAAAGCACCUCAGAACAGCCCAGCCCACGGAGCCGGUGAGCCUGAUCAUUACAGCUGGUCGCAGGGCUAAGAGGACACUGCACUGCCUUGCUCAGAGUCUGGCUUCCUCUUUCUCAUCUGCCCUCAAUGGCACCAUCCUCCACAUUGAUGGAGCCAGCAAAGCUGGCCAGGAGAGCGACACGGUAAAGCUGGACAUCGACAGCAAGCUAAAGGAAGCCUUUGAAGGUGAUAAACCUGUGGCAGUCAUUCAUCGCCUUGAGGAACUGCCUCCGGGUUCCACCCUCAUUUUUUAUCGCUACUGCGACCAUGAGACUGCAGCAUAUAAGAGUGUGUUCCUGUUGUUUACUGUGCUACUGCCUCGGGAUGAGCUGAGCACUGAGCAGAGUAUGAUGGAUGUGGAGGAGAUGGUCCAAGACUAUGUCAAGGAGAAGUUGGUCAGCUCCAGCAGUCAAACUUCCUUUAACGAGAUGGACGUUGACAAGUUCGGAGGACUGUGGAGUCGCAUCUCGCACCUCAUCUUGCCUGUGGUGUCUGAGAAGGAAGUGGAGCGAGAAGGAUGCUGAUGAGGCCGUCUGGUCCCUCUUGACACAGGGCAGGACUUAGAAGACACGUGGAAGUUUGAAAUAUGAGUGUGCUGUGAUAUUUCACAUAUAGACUUGAUUUUAGGUGUUUGAAAUGUAUAUUAAUUGCUCUCUGUCGGAGAGAUCUGAUUCAGUUUAACUGUUAAAGAUGUCGCCGUUUUUAAAUGUGUGUUCUUGUACAGGUGUUGCCUAAGGAUACAACAAUGUCAUUGCAGCAUCAUUUUACUUCCAAAGAAGGGGAUUCGGUACAUAGUCUCUUGGGGAAUUAACAUACAAUAGGAACACUCAGCACAAUUGCUUUUUAACUGACAUUUCCAGUCUACAGAAGAGAUUCUGUUGAAUUGACAGCAAAAAGCUUUGUUUGUUUCUUUCUUUUGUAGACAUUCAAUUUUCACUGAUAUGUUUCCAGUCUCAGAGACGAUUGAAGGCUUGUUUUAUAUUUCUGUUAAAUGUCUCCAUUCAUGUGUGUCACUUCAUUCAUUUUGUGGAUUGGUUUUGCACUUAAAAAGUUUGACUUUCAAUAACAACCCAUUUAAACAGGAGUACUGGCUUUUAAAAAGAUAUAUAUUCUAUAGUUAUUGUUCUGUUUAUUUUGUCUCAAACCCCCAGUAUUCACUGAAAUGCUCUUGCAAUGUUUUCAACUUUAAUUCACAGGUUCUGAAUUUGUACAGAUGUUUUAUAAAAGUAAAUGUCACAAUAUGUGCCUUAAACACCAAUGUGGGGGAAAAAUCAGGCAUGAAUUAAAAAGCACUGAAACACUCAUGCAUAGUCAUGUGACAGAACAAGAUUACUUGCUGAUAGAUCAAUUUUGUAAUUUGUAAAUUUGAAUUUGAAAAUGAUAUCACUCAUUCCUCUUAUGUUGAUAUUCUGAGAUGACUUUUGUGUUGCUCAUGAGGACCUGGAUAUUUUCAAUAAAAAUUAUUUUGAUACAAGACAA